GACAAAACCAACUGGGGUUAAAUAGUUUGACUGAUGAUUUUAACAUCCAAGAUCAACAAAAUGAGGAGCUUUCUUCUCUUCCUCCUCGUCUCACUGAUGAAAGGCUGUGAGGCCUCGUCUGAAGGCUCUGAAGAGUCUGUAGUGAAGGGAUGUCCAACAGAAUGGCUUGAAUUCACCUGCAAAUACACAGCGACAAAUAGAAAAUACAUUGAUGUAGUUACUCCAAAAGAAAGCAUAAAAACCACUGAGAGGAAUGUAUGGGAAAACAAAGGAGUUUCCCUGUACAAUAAUACAAAAAAUAAUAAUCUCAGGGUGGUCAUUAAACAACUUGCACAUGAGGACUUUGGGAACUACACGUGUAAAUUCCAAGACAAUGAAAUCAAGAAACUGGAAUUGGAAGUUGAGACAGACGGCUGCCAGGGACAAUUUAAUCAAACUGCGUACAGAACAGCUAAAACCACCAUCACAUGUGAUUACACAGGAAACAAAUACAAGUUCUUCUGCAAACAGAACGGUUCAAUCUGUGAGGAUAUUUCAUCAACAAAAUCCUCUCUGAAGUCAAACGGGACAUUCACUCUCACAGAAACCAACAGUAGCUUCAGCGUGUCCAUCAGUAACGUGUCCUCACAUGAUGCUGGUGUCUACUGGUGUGGAGUGGAAACACAUGAAGGAAGUUACAGAGCUGCUCUCAGAAAGAUACAGCUGGAGGUUAAAGCCGUUAUUACUAACUUCACAAGGUCUCCAACUGUUGGACAGAAUUUUACAUACUGGUGUCAAUAUCCAAACGGACAAACAUAUUCAAAGAUAUUCGUCUGUAAGGGAGAAGAUCCAUCUAUAUGUCAACCUCUAGUAACUGCACAGCUCAACCACACUGGGAAGUUUUCCAUGAAGGAUGGCAACAAAAGAAAUAUCACCAUAACAGUGAGAAACGUAACAGCAAACGACACUGGGACAUACUGGUGUGGAGCAGAAAGCACUAACGAAACAAUCAGCAACAAAUUCUUCCACAGACUGGUGAUGACUGUAUCACUAUCUCCUGUUUCUUCAACCCAGUCAACUACUAUGUCUGCUGAGAGUCGUGGUGGUUCUCUGGUCGUCGUUACGUUGAUUGUCUGUGUAGUUGUGCUGCUGCUGCUGCUGUUUGUGUUAAUUUUGAUCCUUAUCUACAAACGAUUUUCACAUUUAAAGAACACAAGAAAAGGAGCAGAAGCACAGAACAUCAGAGAGGAUUAUGUCUACGAGGAGAUACAGCAGCACAUCCAGACUACAGUCUCAGGAAAUGACAUGAACACGAUUUAUGCCAAUGUCAACUUUCCCACAAACUCCUCUGCCUCACUGCAUUACUCUACCGUCAACUUUCAAAGCAGCUCUGACAGAGUUGGUGGUGAGGCAGUGAUCCUCAAACCCAUCUCUGCUGCCUGCAAAUAUUCUACUGUGAAGCAAAAUCCAUCCUACUGGACAGUCAACCAGCCGUCCAGCUCUUCAGCUCACUAUGCAACACUUAACAGGCUACAGCAGCAACACUGAGCAAAGAUCAGCCUUGACAGGAAUUUAUGACAUUUAUUAAAUGUAUGGUCAAGAUUUCAGCUCAUUCCUGACAUGAUUGUUUAUAAUUCAUUCAUUUAGUGUCAUCAUCAGAUAAAAUGU